AUGGAUUCUACGAAAGCUGAAGCUGAAAAUAUAGAACCAUCAGCUGGAAAAGAAUUACUCGAUAAAUAUUGGACAGAAGUUAAACAUGAAAUUGAUGAUAUUAAUAUUGUUGAAUUUCGUACGAGUGAUUUACCUUUAGCUCGUAUUAAAAAAAUUAUGAAAUUAGAUGAUGAUGUUAAAAUGAUUAGUGCUGAAGUACCAAUUCUAUUUGCUAAAGCAGCAGAAUUAUUUAUACAAGAAUUAACAAUUCAUUCAUGGUUACAAACAGAAGAAAGUCGACGACGUACAUUACAGCGUAAUGAUGUAGCAGCUGCUAUUGCUAAAAAUGAACUUUUUGAUUUUCUUAUUGACAUUGUACCACGUGAAGAAGCAACUAAAACACAUAAGAAAAAAGAAACCGUUAGUGAAGUGCAAUAUAUUGUUACUUUACCAACAUCGAGUGCUAUGGGAAAUACCAUACAAUUGCCGAAUGGUCAAAUUAUUCAAUUACCUCAAAAUUUAUCAUCAAAUAUUGUUACUAUGGCUACUCCACAAACAAUUCAACAACAUUAUACAAUUGGACAAUAA